ACGAUUCUUUGAACAAAAAACUAACUAUAAACAGCCACAGAUAACGCCGAAGCACCCAAAGUACUCUGCAUGUUUUAUUUAUCAAUUUUUACCAUGCUCAAAGCCGAGGGGGUGAAUUGAACAGCGAAAGUGAAAAGACAAAUCAAGAAAUUCCCCCUAAAACAAAUAAAGAAACCAAAAAGAGAAACAACUCCAAGCAACCAAGUAAAAUAAUCCGUUUAGCGGGAAAAGGAUACAGAGUGCAGACCCCUCAAGCGCGAAAGUGUGGAAAGUCGCAGUAAAAGUGGCGGCUGCCGUACUCCCUCUGGUCCUCUUGUAAUGGUGUUAUCACGGAGAAAGUGAAGCGAGAGACAAACGCCACUCAACGAUGGCCAUCUUGGAGUCUUGUUGCUUCUGGAAGAAUGUGCGGAUGGGCAGCUUCGCCUGUGCCAUCUAUACAUUGAUUUACUUUGGCUUCUCGACGUUGAUGUUCCUGUUCUAUGUGGGCGAGGAGCAGGAGUUUCUGUUGGGCCAACGCUCAGAGCCCGCGGGCGAGAGCAUCCUGGAGAAGGGCGAUGUGACUGUAGUGACUGUGAUAUUCAACGUUUUGUUUCUAUUUUGCUCCGUGCUGAUGGUGAUAUCCUCGGGCCUGGUGCUGGUGGGUCUCCGUAGGAACAAGCGUCAAUUGCUGAUACCCUGGAUCUGCUUCAUGCUGGCCGACCUGCUCAUCGAGUGCUCCCACCUGAUACACCUGACCCUCUCCCGCCGCGUCAUAUUCGAUCCGAUUGUGGGCUUCAUCUUCACCAUAGACUUCUUCAUUCUGUGCCUCAAUCUCUACUGUCUGCUGUGUGUCAUUUCCCAGUACCAGGCGUAUCGGACCCAACGAGCGGAGCAGCAGCAGAACCCCACCACAUCGCCUAUUGUGGUAUUCACAGCAGCCGAGAAACUAAGCAAAUCCCAGCAGCAGCAGCAACAGCAACAGCUGCAGCAUCAGGCCCAGCUCCUGGGCGAGGGAACCGGCAAUGGUAAACGGCAGUCGCGCCGUCUGCUGGGUGCCGCCAGUCCCCUGAUCACCUCCCAGCGGUUGACCAAUUUCUCCACCAUUACCGAGGAGGAGGAGCAGCAGUCCCGAGCAGACCACAGCAAUGGUAACCUUUCUGAGUAUCCCGGCUCCAGUGUGGCGCAACCGGAGCUGUACAUGGACUCGGGGAAUGGAGAGCUCCAGGUGGAAAUGCCAAUAAUUACUUUGGAUCCUGUGGCAGUGGCAGCAAUUCAAUACUGAGCUUAGGUAAUGCAAGUAACCCAGAACCCACCCAGGAUACAAUUUAGCCAGCAAUUGCAGGAGGAAUUUUAUUCCGAGCUGAGAUAUUUUUACAAAUGAUUGAGAGGAGACGUGAGGCGAUGCGAUGAGAGAAU